AUGGCGCAGAAAGGAGUUCAGCUCGACCAAGAAACUUUCUGUUGUUCGAUCUGUUUGGAUCUACUGAAGGAUCCGGUGGCUAUUCCCUGUGGACACAGCUACUGUAUGAACUGUAUUAAAGGAUUCUGGGAUGGAGAGGAUCAGAGGAGCAUCUACAGCUGCCCUCAGUGCAGACAGACCUUCACACAGAGGCCUGUCUUGGGGAAAAACACCAUUUUAGCAACUUUAGUGGAGCAGCUGAAGAAGACUGGACUCCAAGCUGCUCCUGCUGAUCACUGCUAUGCUGGACCUGAAGAUGUGGCCUGUGAUGUCUGCACUGGGAGGAAGCUGAAAGCCUUCAAGUCAUGUCUGCAGUGUCUCAUCUCUUACUGUGAGAAUCACCUUCAGCCUCACUUUGAAUCAACCAAAUUAAAGAAACACAAGCUGGUGGAGCCCUCGGAGAAGCUCCAGGAGAACAUCUGCUCUCGUCAUGAUGAGGUGAUGAAGAUGUUCUGUCGUACUGAUCAGCAGAGUAUCUGUUAUCUCUGCUCUGUGGAUGAACAUAAAGGUCACGACACAGUCUCAGCUGCAGCAGAAAGGACUGAGAGGCAGAGAGAGCUCGAGGUGAGUCGACUAAACAUCCAGCAGAGAAUCCAGGACAGAGAGAAAGAUGUGAAGCUGCUUCAACAGGAGGUGGAGGCCGUCAGUCGCUCUGCUGAUAAAGCAGUGGAGGACAGUGGGAAGAUCUUCACUGAGCUGAUCCGUCUCCUCCAGAAAAGAAGCUCUGAUGUGAAGCAGCAGAUCAGAUCCCAGCAGGAAACUGAAGUGAGUGGAGUCAAAGAGCUUCAGGAGAAGCUGCAGCAGGAGAUCACUGAGCUGAAGAGGAAAGACGCUGAACUGAAGCAGCUCUCACACACAGAGGAUCACAACCAGUUUCUACACAACUACCCCUCAGUGUCACAACUCAGUGAACCUACAGACUCAUCCAGCAUCAAUAUCCGUCCUCUGAGAUACUUUGAGGAUGUGACAGCAGCUGUGUCAAAGCUCAGAGAUAAACUACAGGACAUCCUGAGGGACGAAUGGACAAACAUCUCAGUGACAGUGACUGAAAUGGAUGUUUUACCAUCAGAACCACAACCAGAGCCAAAGACCAGAGCUGAGUUCUUAAAAUAUUCAUGUGACAUCACUCUGGAUCCAAACACAGCCAACACACAUCUGUUAUUAUCUGAGGGGAACAGAAAAGCAACAUACACGAGUCAACAACAGUCUUAUUCUAGUCACCCAGACAGAUUCACUUACUGGCCUCAGGUCCUGAGCAGAGAGAGUCUGACUGGACGUUGUUACUGGGAGGUGGACUGGAGAGGGACAGAAUUUCGUAUAGCAGUCGCAUACAAGAAUGUCAGCAGAGCAGGAAACUCAGGAGAAUGUGUAUUUGGAUAUAAUGACAAAUCUUGGAUGUUAAUCUGUAGCACGAAUAGUUAUGACUUUUAUUUCAACUACAUCAGAACUCCUAUCACAGGUCCUGGUUCCUCCAGAGUCGGAGUGUACCUGGAUCACAGAGCAGGUAUUCUGUCGUUCUACAGCGUCUCUAAAACCAUGACUCUCCUCCACAGAGUCCAGACCACAUUCACUCAGCCUCUCUAUGCUGGACUUUGUCUUUACUAUGAUGGAGACGUGGCUGAGUUGCGUAAACUCAAAACAGUACAGAGCUGUCAGGCUGCUUUUAGUACUGAGUCAUAUGUUGUUCAGAUCAGAGGUCAGACCUGUUUCAUUCAUCAGGAAGUGAAACUCAGACAGUCGCUGCAACUGAGAGCUGAAAUGGCGCAGAGAGGGGAUCAGCUGGACAGAGAAAGUUUCUGUUGUUCAAUCUGUUUGGAUCUACUGAAGGAUCCAGUGGCUAUUCUCUGUGGACACAGCUACUGCAUGAACUGUAUUGAAAAACAUUGGGAUGGAGAGGAUCAGAGGAGGAUGUACAGCUGCCCUGAGUGCAGACAGACCUUCACACCGAGGCCUGUCCUGAAGAAAAACACCAUGUUAGCAGCUUUAGUGGAACAGCUGAAGAAGACUGGACUCCAAGCUGCUCCUGCUGAUCACUGCUAUGCUGGACCUGAGAGGCAGAGAGAGCUCGAGGUGAGUCGACUAAACAUCCAGCAGAGAAUCCAGGACAGAGAGAAAGAUGUGAAGCUGCUUCAACAGGAGGUGGAGGCCGUCAGUCGCUCUGCUGAUAAAGCAGUGGAGGACAGUGAGAAGAUUUUCACUGAGCUGAUCUGUCUCAUACAAAAAAAAAGCUCUGAUGUGAGACAGCAGAUCAGAUCCCAGCAGGAAACUGAAGUGAGUCGAGUCAAAGAGCUUCAGGAGAAGCUGCAGCAGGAGAUCACUGAGCUGAAGAGGAAAGACGCUGAACUGAAGCAGCUCUCACACACAGAGGAUCACAACCAGUUUCUACACAACUACCCCUCACUGUCACAACUCAGUGAAGCUACAGACUCAUCCAGCAUCGAUAUCCAUCCUCUGCGAUACUUUGAGGAUGUGACAGCAGCUGUUUCACAGCUCAGAGAUAAACUACAGGACAUCCUGAGGGACGAAUGGACAAACAUCUCAGUGACAGAGACUGAAUUGGACGUUUUACCAUCACAACCACAACCAGAGCCCAAGACCAGAGCUGAGUUCUUACAAUAUUCAUGUGAAAUCACUCUGGAUCCAAACACAGCACACACAAAAGUGUUAUUAUCUGAGGGGAACAGAAAAGCAACAUACACGAGUCAACAACAGGCUUACUCUCGUCACCCAGAUAGAUUCACUUACUGGCCUCAGGUCCUGAGUAGAGAGAUGCUGACUGGACGUUGUUACUGGGAGGUGGACUGGAGAGGGACAGGAGCAGUCGGUGUAGCAGUCGCAUACAAGAAUAUCAGCAGAGGAGAGAGCUCAAAUGAAUGUGGAUUUGGAUAUAAUGACAACUCUUGGAUGUUUGUCUGUCACAGUAAUGGUUACACUUUUUAUUUGAACAAUAUUCAAACUCCCGUCUCAGGUCCUCGUUCCUCCAGAGUCGGAGUGUACCUGGAUCACAGAGCAGGUAUUCUGUCCUUCUACAGCGUUUCUGAAACCAUGACUCUCCUCCACAGAGUCCAGACCACAUUCACUCAGCCUCUCUAUGCUGGACUUUGUGUUUACUAUGGAGCCACAACUGAGUUUUGUAAACCUGAAUAGACAGAAGUCAUUUCAGACUUGAUGUGUCAGAUUCUGUGUUGUAAUUCUUCAUAUUUUUGUCUCCAAUAUUUCUGAACUGUACAGACAUCAGCUAUCAUGCUAACAAAGAUCAUCAACACUUUCUUAAACUUAAUAUAUGGCUGUGUUAGAAGCCGCAUACUUUCCUACUACUCGUACUAAUUCUGAUGUCAUUUGAAGUAUGUAGUGUGUUUCAACUGCGUAGUAUGCGAUUUAGAGUAUGUGAGAAGUUCCCUGAUGGUUA